AUGGGCCUCGCGGUGUCUCGCAUGGAGGCCGCCGCGGGCUCGAUGCCCCCGAUCACGGAUGCCGAGGGCGAUGCCGCGGCGGAGGCGGCGGCGAACGCGGCGAAGGACUCGAAACCGACCACGGGGACGGUGAACUACAACGAUUUGCCCUGCCCGGUGAAGUACGAGGAGAUGCAGCGUGAGGUGAUGAUGUCGCUGAAGGCGGACCUGUUCGAGGGCGCUCGGUUCGAUUAUAACAAACAGUUGAACCAAAAGUUCUUUUUAAGCCACGGUUUCUUCCUCGGGAACGUGGAGGUGCCGGCGCAGGGCGGACAGAUUAUUAAGAUUCCGACGUCGACGUACGAGUUCGGGGCGAACGUGGUGGAUCAGCAUUACAUGCUCGUGGGGCGGGUUUUGACGGAUGGGAGGGUGAACGGGAGGAUUAAGUACGACUUGAGCGAUUGGCUGUCGGUGAAGCUGCAGUCGACCAAGGAGACGGGGUUCUCGCAGGUCAUGUUCGACGCUGACUUCAAGGGUUUGGAUUACCAGGCGCAGCUCAAGUACGGGAGUGGACAGUUCUACGGGGUGAACUACUUGCAGAGCGUCACGCCGACGCUCUCCUUGGGUGGUGAGGGCUUUUACUUGGGGAGUCAGGGCAAAUCCGGUGUUGGCUUCGCGGCGAGAUACGCCGAUGAUAAAACCGUUGCCACCGGGCAAAUUGCGACCACCGGUUUGCUCUCGCUCACAUAUUGCACCAAAGUAAGCGAAAAGGCGAUGCUCGCAAGCGAUUUCUUGUGGAACUGGAACCAACGUAACGCCACCGCGAGCGUGGGGUACGACUACAUCUUGCGCCAGUGCCGCAUUCGCGGUCGCAUUGACAACCACGGCGUCGUGUCCACCUACCUCGAGGAGCGCCUCAACGUCGGUUUGAACCUCAUUCUCUCCGCCGAAGUUGAUCACGCGAACAAAAACCACAAGUUUGGUUUCGGCAUGACCGUGGGGGAAUAG